CUCCCUUGUUUAUUAAUAUACGAGAAAAGGAGACAUGUUUGUUGUGUUCAUAUGAUUGACACCAACCUUUUGAUUCCUCUUCUCGUUCCUUAACCCAUCCAAUAAACAUGGGAAGAAACGUUGAAGAACAAAUCAUCCUGCAACAACAAUCUAAGGAAAUGGAUGAAACUGAUUUUGGGAAAUCGUUGUUAGCUUCUUUGCCGAAUUCACCAAAUCAAAACAACGGCAGCAGGCCGACGAGCAUGGUUAUGAAGAAAGCACAUACGGUGUUUCCCGCGCACUUGGUAGCCGAAGCUAUAUCAACACUCCACGGGCUUGACCUAAGAUGGUCAGGCCCGAUCACGCCACAAGAAAUGGAAUACGUGAAACAAUACAUUUUCGCAAAAUACCCUGAAUAUUGUAACGGACUUAUAGUUGAAGAGGGGGACAAGAUUGAUUUAUACAAUAUUUGUAGCAACGACGAGUCAACUGUGGAAGCAAGUAUGAGCGAUGAUAAGCGGAGGUAUUCUCCUAGGGUUAUCACCAUAAAAGACUCGUCUUCUCCCUCUUCCUUUAGUUCCAUAAGUGAUCUUGAUGGCACCCAAUUAGCGCCAUCAAAAUUACUAGAAAUCCUAAACAAAAAAUCCUCGUUUGAAGGUAACUUCAUGUCGAUUCCAGAGAUUCAAGCGCGGAACAAGGCGUUGCAAAACUGUGGGCUACAAGAAGACGAGUAUCUUGUCAUAUUCACACCAACAUGUAAAGAAGCUAUGGUGAUGAUAGGGGAAUCAUACCCCUUCUUUAGAGGGAAUUAUUACAUGACUAUAAUAAACGAAAAAGAAGACUUGAUUAGAGAAUUUGUGACCAAUAAAGACUCUAAAGUCAUCGCGGCUCCUGAGUCAUGGUUAGAUCUACGGAUCAAAGGUUCACAACUGAGUCAGUAUUUCAGAAGAAAGAACAAAUAUAGUCCAAAAGGGCUUUUUGCAUACCCCGCAUAUGUCAAUGGGACUAGUUAUUCGAUGCACUGGAUUUCGGAGGCACAUCGGAACUCUUGGCAUGUUCUUUUAGAUGCCACUGAGCUAGAACCAACGAAAGAACGAUUGACGUUGGCACUUCAUAGGCCGGAUUUUGUGAUUUGCACCGUAAAUAAUACACAUGCUCAACCAUCAAAAAUCAAUUGCCUUUUAGUGAGGAGAAAAUCAUUCGAGACUCCCCAACCUUUAACGAGUGAUUCUUGAUAUCAAACAAAAGGGUUCCAUAUAUGUACAACUUUCCCUACUUGUGUAUGAUUUCUUUGAUUUGUAAUAACCGAGAGUUUUUUAUAUAGUUCUCAGAGUUAAUAUUUAUAAAAGUUAAUGAAGUUUAUAAAUUACGUUGUUAA